AUGAGGGACUAUUUGAGACAGGCGUCGUGUAACACCCUCGAAUCCGCCGUGAUGAGCAAGAUGAACGUGGCUCUCCCUGCAGACUUUUAUAUUCCUUUUCUUUCCCUUGCGGCAAAGGAUCGGAAGCCAAGCCCCAUUCGGAGUCUGCUGCCCUUGGAAGCGACUCCAGGCAUUAUAUCCCUUUUGGCCGGCAAACCAAACGCGGCCACUUUCCCUUUCACGUCGCUUAGUUUCACAGUUAGAUCGCCUAUCGACCCCAGUCGGGAUGUCCCGGUGGAUCUGAGCCAGGAUGAGCUUGCCGAGGGCCUGCAAUACUGCGAAACUGCUGGAGUACCGCAGCUGCGCAACUGGCUUACCGGCCUGCAAGAGAACAUCCAUGGUCGGCAACAAGGUGAAGGGUGGCGUCUCAGUGUAGGUUCUGGAUCGCAGGACCUAAUCUACAAAGCUGUCACGGCAAUGAUCAAUCCUGGAGAUCCUAUUCUUGUCGAGUCCCCAGUUUAUGCGGGUGUGAUUCCCAUGUUCCAGAGUCUGCACUGUGAUCAGAUUGAGGUGGAGACAGAUUCACAUGGUAUACUUGCCAGCUCCUUGCGCACGAUUCUAGAAAGCUGGCCAGCCAAUAAACCGAAACCAAGAGUCCUGUAUACCGUUCCUUAUGGAUGCAAUCCUACCGGGAUGACUGCUACUUUAGAACGGCGCAAGGAGGUUCUACAGCUUGCUCGAGAGCACAAUUUUAUCAUUCUAGAAGACGAUCCUUACUACUACCUAUAUUUUGGUGACGCUCCAAGAUACCCGUCCUACUUUUCCUUGGAGCUGGAAGAGCCGGAGGUCGGUAGAGUACUCCGCUUUGACAGUCUUUCCAAGAUCCUAUCGGCUGGCGUCCGCAUUGGGUUUGCUUCCGGCCCCGAGCCACUCCUCGACGCCAUGGAUCGACAUACGUCAACUUCAAAUCUCCAGGCGUCUUCCCUGACUCAAGUCAUAGCUUUUGCCCUGCUUGAUUCCUGGGGUUACGGUGGUUUCAAGGCCCACACCAACAAUGUUGCUUCUUUCUAUCGGAAGAAAAGGGACGUAUUUGAGCGAGUUCUGAAGAUGCAUCUCUCGGACUUGGCUGAAUGGGAUUCCCCCGAGGCAGGGUUGUUCUUUUGGUUCAAGUUACGCCUUGGCGUGUCUGACCACGAAGAAGGCGAUUCAGAAAGGGUAAUCCGUACGCAUGCAUUCGAGAAAGGUGUCAUCGCGCUGCCGGGAACUGUGUUCCUUCCCAAUGGCAGGAAAACCGCAUACGUACGCGCAUCCUUCAGCGUAGUUGACGAAGAAGACGCAGAAGAGGCUGUCAAAAGGCUUCGGGAUGCCAUCUUAGAUGCGAGAGUAAAGUCCGUAAAGACCGAAUGAAUAGGAUUACAUCCGACAUGAGCGCAGUUUGCUUUUUCCGGUAAACCUUUUGGUGAAUCCUUUGAACGGCUACCCUUGGACCUUGGUAUGUGCGGCUCCGGUCUCGCAGCUCAUGAUCACGUGCGGUAUGUAAAGUCGUAUAAAAGCACUGCUAUCACAAGGGUAAGCGGCGGUGACUACACUGCCUGCCUCGAACAAUGGGCUAAACCGUAUCAAUAUAGC